AACACCAUAACUAGGUCGCCCCCUGCCCACACUUUCAGGGCCCCGGCAGCUGCGUGCGGCGGCCAGCUGUUGUUGUCCUGUCGCGCAGCGUGCUGGGAGAGCAGCGGAGGCGGAGCUGGCGUGCAACCGACCCAGAGAAAUGGAUGUUUUUCUAAUGAUCCGACGUCAUAAGACGACCAUCUUCACUGAUGCGAAGGAGUCCACGACAGUAUACGAGCUGAAGCGCAUCGUGGAAGGUAUUCUUAAGAGGUCGCCAGAGGAACAGAGGCUUUAUAAGGAUGACCUGUUGCUGGACGACAGUAAAACGCUGGGAGACUGUGGCUUCACAAACCAGACCGCCCGGCCCCAGGGUCCAGCCACUGUGGGAUUAGCAUUUCGUCUUGGAGAUGACUCGUUCGAGCAGCUGCGGAUCGAGGCGUUCUCCAGCCCUCCGGAGCUCCCCGACGUCAUGAAGCCCCAGGACUCCGGCAGCACGGCCAAUGAGCAGGCGGUGCAGUGAGGGGCCUGGCCCGGGGGGCGGGGCCUCCAUGGGGGGCACAUGGGGAAAUGGUGGGGGGGGGGUGUGUGUGUGUGUGUGUGCACAUAAGGGGGAGCUUGUGGUGAGCGGUUUGGUCACUUUGACCGGCUCAUGGAUCUUCAGCAGGGGGAGGGGGGGGUCACAAAUUCAGAAUGUGGAUUAAUAAAUUGGGAGCGUGGGGGGGCGAGGGGGGGUGUGGAUGGAGGGGGGGGAGGGCAGGUGGGCAGGUGUGGUCGGAAGUCUCUUCAUUAAUCCAAAAAUAGAUGAACGCAUGCUAAACACAAGCUGGCAGAAUCGUCUCGACACUGUCAGACAUCCAUGGUGGUGGGUUCGGGGCCGGGUAUAAGACGUGUACCUCUUAUUUAAUUAUUUCUAGUGUUUAUUUAGAGUAGGGCUGUUGUGGUCUUACUUGUGUUUGAUUGUUUUUCGGGGGGAGUACAUAAGGGGGAAUGAGUGGGAUGUGUGUUUUUUUUUUUUUUUCAGUUUGGUUUUCAUGUCGUUCUUUCUUUGUGUUUCUUUAAUAAAAUAU